UCAGUGAAGAACAUAUUCUCCCCGGGCAGCGGGACUGGACCUCCAGGAUGGAGCAGGAGCCACAGCUCCCCUAUGUUAAACAGGACGAGGACUCACAACCUCCCCCCAUUAAAGAGGAGGAGUCACAGCACACGCACAUUAAAGUGGAAGUAGAAGAACACAACGACUAUCUUGAAGGACUGGAGGAGGUUGAUGUCACCAAGAUGCCAUUGACUGGUGUGAUUGUGAAGAGUGAAGAUGAUGAGGUCAAAAGUGAAAGUGAGGAGAAGAGAGAGGCGGAGUCUCCAAACAGCAGCUCAACACAACACAUGACAAUAGAAGCUGAUGGAGACCACUGUGGAGGAUCACAAGCAGACAAGAUCUUAGCUCCACUAUCAGAUAGUGACGACACAACGUCUCACUCUCCUGACACUGAUGAUGAAGACUCUAAAGAUGAUAAGACAUGUCACACUGACAACACACACUUAACAUGUUCUCACUGUGACAACACAUUUAGUUACCAGAGUAAACUGAAAAGACACAUGAGAACACACACUGGAGAAAAACCUUUUACCUGCUCAGUUUGCGGUAAAGGGUUUGCACAAAAAAAUGUGUUGAAAGAACAUAUGCAAAUACACACAGGAGAAAAACCUUUUUCCUGUUCAGUAUGCGGUAAAGGGUUUGCACGAAGACAGGGUUUGAAAGUACACAUGAGAACACACACUGGAGAAAAACAUUUUUCUUGUUCAAUCUGUGGUAAAAGUUUUAUGCAAAAUCAGUAUUUGAAAGAACACUUGAAAACACACACCGGAGAAAAAACCUAUUCCUGUUCAAGCUGCAACAAAAGCUUUUAUUACCUAUCAGCAUUUAUAAGACACAUGAAAACACACACUGAAAAAAAAGCUUUUUCUUGUUCAAUCUGUGGUAAAGGUUAUAAACAAAAUCAGUGUUUGAAAGUACACACAAGAACACACUUUCGAGAAAAUAAUAGUUCUUGUUCAAUCUGUGGCAAAUGUUUUACACAAAGUAGUGAGUUGAAAGUACACAUAAGAAUACACACUGGAGAAAAAACAUUCAUGUGCUCAAUUUGUAGUAAAAGAUUCACCCAGAAGGCAAAUUUGAUCAUGCACAAAAGAAUACACACUGGUGAAAAACCUUAUAUAUGUUCAGAAUGUGGUAAAGCUUUUACACAAAGGCACUGUUUGAAAGCACACACAAGAAUACACACAGGAGAGAAAGUGUUGAGUUGCAGUGUGUGUGGUGAAAGAUUAUCUUCUAAGUACCAGUGUAAGAAACAUAAGUGUGCUGGUGAGAACAGCAGCAGCAAAUGAAGCUGCAGGAUCUGAAAUAAACUGUCAAAACGUUCACUUUGACUUUCAAAGUGACAUCAUUGUUGUGUGUGUAACACAAUCUUGUUAAUAUACUUUUAACAUUUCUAGAUGAUAUGUUUUAUAUUAGUACUUUUUUCAUGCAUGAAAAAAGUACUAAUAUAAAACAUAUCAUCUAGAAAUGUUAAAAAUAUAAAUGCAUGCAUUUAUAUACAACAUUGUGCACUGUUAUUUAAAAAUGAACGGAUCAAUAUGAAAAGGGAUAGUAAACAUUACAAAACAUGUUACAUACAAUAAAGUAGUCUUUGUUUAUAUUGAUAUUCACAAUUCACUUGUAUACCUAUUCAUAUUAGUGUUUUUAUAUAGAUUUUUGGAAUAAUCAAGUG